UUAAAAAAAGAAAAAAGAACAAUCAUAGAGGUUCAGAAAUUCCAUUUUUUUUUUCUUCUUCUCCGCCAUUUCAAACUCUAUCUCCGAUCAGAUGAUGCGAAUUUUUUGCUUCUGAGACAUUGAUGAGUUAAAAGGUACGGAAUUGUCGGUUAAGGUCUUGGAAAAACAGAAAAAGGAGUUUGUUUGGGAAGAUUCGACUUCUCUGAGGUUUCUGUGAUGGAAGGCCAACUCGUGGGCACUGAGAUUCAUGGAUUCCAUACAUUGCAUGAUUUGGAUUUUGGGAAUAUUAUGGAAGAAGCCAGAACAAGAUGGCUCCGCCCAAAUGAAAUUCUUGCAAUUCUCUGUAAUUACAAGUAUUUCGUCAUCAGUGUCAAGCCGGUGAACUUGCCUAAAAGUGGCACUAUCAUAUUGUUUGACCGUAAGAUGCUUAGGAACUUCCGGAAGGAUGGUCAUAACUGGAAGAAAAAAAAGGACGGGAAGACUGUCAAAGAAGCCCAUGAACACUUAAAAGUUGGUAAUGAAGAAAGGAUCCAUGUGUACUAUGCACAUGGCCAAGAUAACCCAACCUUUGUUCGCAGAUGUUACUGGCUUCUUGACAAGAGCCUAGAACACAUAGUCCUUGUUCAUUAUCGUGAAACACAGGAGCUGCAGGGAUCUCCUGGGACACCUGUCAAUUCAAAUUCUAGUUCUGUUUCCGACCCAUCUGCUCCUUGGUUUUCAUCUGAAGAACAUGAUUCUGGCACUAAUCAUGCAUAUAAUGCUCGCGAGAAAGAAAUUUUAGGUCCUGGUGACAAUGUAACUGCCCAGAAUCAUGAACUGAGGCUUCGUGAGAUUAAUACACUCGAAUGGCAUGAGCUCCUGCUGACAAAUGAUUCUAACAACGAAACAGCACCUACAGGAGAGAAAGUUUCAAGCUUUGAUCAAUCAAACCAAAUCGCAGUAAAGGGCUCAUUACAUGAUGGAGUGAAUAAUUUUUCAACUGUACUUUCUUCUUUUGGUAAUUUAACGGAGCCAAUUGCUAGGAGCGAGAACACUUAUUCGAGUUUCACAGACAGUGUUCAUGUCCAGACGCUGGGGGUUCAAAUGAACACAAACAUGCUUAGAGGGGAUUCUAUUACCAUGGGCGCCUGUGAUUCCUUGGACAUUCCAGUCAAUAGUGGAUUGGAAAGCCAGGACAGUUUUGGAAGGUGGAUGACCCACAUCAUGGCUGACUCGCCAGGUUCAGUGGAUGAUGCAGUGCUUGAAUCCUCAAUUCCUUUCGGUCAUGAAUCAUCUGUCUCUAAAGCCCUGGAUCAUCAUAAAUCUCCCAUUCCAGAGCAAAUAUUUAGCAUAACAGAGGUCUCACCGGCAUGGGCGUUUUCUACUGAGAAAACAAAGAUCCUAGUCACUGGAUUCUUUCGUGAAGAGUAUCAACAUCUUGCGAAGCCUAGUCUCUAUUGUGUCUGUGGCGAUAUAUAUGUUCUUGCAGAACCUGUUCAGGUUGGGGUGUAUCGCUGCUUGGUGUUACCACAUUCUCCUGGAUUAGUACACCUUUUUAUGAGUUUUGAUGGUCACAAACCCAUCAGCCAAGUGUUGAAUUUUGAGUAUCGCACUCCUUUAUUGAGUAACCCAGCGAUUUCCUCAGAAGAGAAUUACAAGUGGGAGGAGUUCCAAGUUCAACUUCGGCUUGCUUAUCUGCUCUUCUCUACAUCCAAGUGCCUUAGCAUUCUGUCUAAUAAAGUAUCACCAAAUGCCCUGAAGGAGGCUAAGAAUUUCUCCAACAAAACCUCUAACAAUAGUUGGGCAUAUUUUAUGCAGUCAAUUGAAGACAAAAAAAUUCCAUUUCCACAAGCAAAAGAUAAACUGUUCGAACUUGCUUUGAAACACAGAGUAAAGGAGUGGCUGCUGGAAAGGGUUGUUGAAGGCUCUAAAAAAACCACUGAAUAUGAUUUCCAAGGUCAAGGUGUAAUACAUUUAUGUGCUAUUCUAGACUACGCCUGGGCUGUUCAUUUAUUUUCAUCAUCAGGCUUAUCAUUGGAUUUUCGUGAUAAAUGUGGAUGGACAGCUCUUCAUUGGGCAGCAUAUUGUGGAAGGGAGAAAAUGCUUGCAGUCCUCUUAUCUGCUGGUGCAAAGCCAAACUUGGUCACAGACCCUACCCCGGAAAACCCUGGUGGGUGCACUGCUGCUGAUCUUGCAUCUUUGAAGGGGUAUGAUGGCUUAGCAGCUUAUCUUUCAGAAAAGGCCUUGGUAGAACAAUUUAAGGAUAUGAGCAUAGCUGGAAAUGUCAGUGGUUCCCUUGAUACCAGCGCAACUGAUACAGUAAACACUGAGAACCUCAGUGAUGAUCAGCCGUACCUGAAAGAUACUUUGGCAGCCUACAGAACAACUGCUGAAGCUGCAUCACUUAUACAGGCUGCAUUCAGGGAGCGCUCAUUAAAACGACGGACGGAAGAAGUUCAGUUUUCUAGUCCAGAGGCUGAAGCACGCAGUAUAGUUGCAGCAUUGAAGAUUCAACAUGCCUUUCGCCAUUUUGAGUCACGAAAAAGGAUGGUGGCUGCUGCCCAUAUUCAACAUAGGUUCCGCACAUGGAAAAUCCGCAGAGAAUUCGUAAAUCUGCGUCGUCACACUAUCAAAAUUCAAGCUGCUUUCCGUGGUUUCCAAGUGCGGAGGCAGUACCGUAAAAUUCUUUGGUCAGUUGGGGUGCUUGAGAAAGCAGUUCUGCGCUGGCGUUUGAAGAGAAAAGGUUUUCGUGGUCUUCAUGUUGAUCCUAUCGAAGUAGAUCCUGAUCCAAAGCAUGAAAGCGAUACAGAGGAGGACUUCUAUCGAGCUAGCCGGAAACAAGCUGAAGAGCGUAUCGAGAGAUCUGUUGUACGGGUUCAGGCUUUGUUCCGUUCGAAGAAAGCACAAGAAGAGUAUCGGAGGAUGAAGAUAACCCAUAACGAAGCCAAGCUGGAAUAUGAAGGGCUUCUUGACCCUGAUAUAUAUAUGUAGUAGGUGAAGAGACAGGUGCAGAAACAGGCUUCACUAUGGUUCAAAUGCUGGGGAGUCUGGCUGUUGAUAGAGUGACAGAAAUCCACAAGCGUUGUGUACUGUCGUAGCCUGUACAUCCUGUAAAUGCCUAGAUUAGUCUCCGUUUGCUCUUUCAAAGUGUUUUUAAGAUUUUGAGAGGGUCAUGGGUUCAGUCUGUCCGUCUUGUUAGUUUCUUUUUUCGGUUUUUCACCUCUUGUUGUAAGUGAUUUGGUGGACAACAUCUAGGAAUGACUUGUAUUUGAUCUUAAUUUGCACCGCUCUUAAAAAAUCCCCAAAAAUACGUUUAGCAUA